GAACACGAAUGCAAAUACAAAUCAAAGGACUUUCAACCUUAUUUGUGAUACUGGCAACGUGUUUGACUAUAUAUGCUUUUGAAGUUUAAUAGAGUUAUUGCAUUAACGGGAUAAAUACUACUAAAAUUAUGAAACUGGAAUUAUGUUUUGGAAAAAGUAUGGUGUUACUCCUGUAACAGUGUACGCCUGCGUAUUUAUCACGUACUAAUUUGCUGGAACAUAAUUUUGAAAACGUUUAAUGCGUGUACUGACUAGUUUGAGAGUUUUAUGGUAACGUAAAUAACUGAAAGCGGUUUGUAUUUCUUUUUAUAGGACAGUAGGGACAUUAAAACAGAAUACGCCUUUUUCUAAUGUCCACGAUUAGUCAAUUUACAAGCAAGUGUUUUUCGUCCAAUUUGGAAACCAUGACUCAGUACUGCCCUCUAGUGUCUGAAAGUAAAUGUGCAUAACGUGUUUAUGUCGUGUGAAAGAGCGAAUAAAGUUUGGGCUUCAAAAUAACAGGAAGUAGUGUAAUUGUUCAGCAGUGUUUGCUGGUCCCUGGCAAGUAUACGUCCAGCACUUAUAUUUGUUUCGUUUCGUUUCGUUAAUAUCCAGGACUAAUUCCAUAUAGUUUUCCAAGCCAAUGUCUUAGCAAGGUGGCUGCAAUGAGUGAUGUGGUUGAGAAAACACUGACGGCUCUGCCAAGCCUUCUGUCGCUGGACUCGCAGCCGGGAGCCGGUAAACUUUCUGUCACUUCCAAACUGGGGAGCCUGAUCAGAGGCAUCACUGAGCUGACGUCCAAACAUGAAGAAGAAAAGCUUAUUAAAAAAGAGCUGGCUGCCAUAAAAGAGCAGGUGUCAUCCCCCAACACCACGCUGAGACAGAUGAAGGAGAUCAUGGUGAGGGCGAUUUACUGUGAGAUGCUGGGAUUUGAGGCAUCCUUCUGCUACAUACAUGCUAUCAAACUGGCACAGCAAGGAAGCAUGUUUGAGAAAAGAGUUGGCUACCUUGCGGUUUCGCUGUUCCUGCGUGAAGGUCAUGACCUGCUGCUGCUGCUUGUUAACACCGUGCUGAAGGACCUGCAAAGUACAAACCUUAUUGAGGUGUGCAUGGCCCUUACCGUGGUAAGCCAGAUCUUCCCCAAGGAUAUGAUCCCUGCUGUGCUGCCUCUGGUGGAGGACAAGCUGACACACUCCAAGGAAAUCAUUCGGAGGAAGGCCGUCCUGGCACUGUACAAGUUUUACCUGAUGGCACCCAAUCAGGUGCAGCACAUCCACGAUAAGUUCCGGAGAGCGCUCUGUGACAAGGACCCCGGGGUCAUGACUGCUUCCCUGCACAUUUACUUACAGAUGAUCAAGGAGAACCCUGAGAACUACAAGGAGUUGGCCGGCAGCUUCGUGGUCAUCCUGAAGCAGGUGGUCGGCGGGAAGCUGCCGGCCGACUUCAGCUAUCACAGCGUUCCUGCUCCCUGGCUGCAGAUGCAGCUGCUCCGCAUCUUGGCGCUUCUUGGAAAGGAGGACCAGAGAACAAGUGAGAUCAUGUAUGAAGUUUUGGAUGAAUCUUUACGAAGAGCUGAAAUAAAUCACAACAUCACCUACGCCAUAUUAUAUGAGUGCGUGAAAACUGUCUACACUAUUCACCCAAAGUCAGAGCUGCUGGAGAAAGCAGCAAAGUGCAUUGGGAAGUUUGUUUUGUCUCCUAAGAUCAACCUGAAAUACCUUGGGUUGAAAGCACUGACCUAUGUGGUCCAGCAGGAUCCCAACUUGGCCCUUCAGCAUCAGAUGACCAUCAUUGAGUGCCUGGAUCAUCCUGACCCCAUCAUCAAGAGAGAGACCCUGGAGCUGCUGUAUCGCAUCACCAAUGCUCAGAACGUCACAGUCAUUGUGGAGAAGAUGCUGGAUUUCCUCCGGCACAGCAGGGACGAGUACACAGUGAUUGGCCUCGUGGGGAAAGUGGCUGAGCUGGCUGAAAAAUAUGCCCCAGACAACAGCUGGUUUGUUCAGACCAUGAAUGCCGUCUUCUCCCUGGGAGGCGACGCCAUGCAGCUGGACAUCGCUAAUAACUUCCUCCGGCUUUUGGCGGAAGGUUUCGAUAAUGCGGAGGAGGACAGGCAGCUGAGACUCCUGGCUGUGGACUCGUACCUGUCUUUGCUGGAGGGGGAGGCAGCCAGCCUGCCUCAGCCUUUCCUGCAGAUCAUCAGCUGGGUCCUAGGGGAGUACUCCUACCUAAAAGCGGGUCUGGACCCCACGGAUGUUCUGGCGCGACUGGGGGCGCUCCUGGAGCGGCAUGACAUCACUACGGAGACACAGUGCUGGGUCCUGGCAGCCAUGGGCAAACUAUGCACCACAGACGGCGCCCUCCGGAGGGCAAGGGAGGCGGCACACCAAUAUAGCACCUGCCUGGACACAGCACUGAGGCAACAGGCGAUGGAGCUGGAGCUGCUGGGCCAGGAUGCCCCGCUGAGGCACCGGGUCCUGCCACAUGAUGCCAGCUGUGAGGAACUGGAGGUCGACUCCUCCUUGUCCUUCCUGGAUGGCUUUGUGUCGGAGGCUUUGGCGCUGGGAGCGGCUCCAUACAAACCUCCUCACCAGAGACAGGAGGAGCUCUCCCAGCACAAAGCACUGAACUUCGAGCCGUACGGCCCAUCGCUGCCUGCUAGCCUGUCCGCCUGCAACCUCACUGACCGACAGUCCCCCACCACCAUGUCCCUCAGCUCUGGGAUCUCGGGAAACAGUGCCGAACAGAUGCAGAAGGCCAGCUCUAAUACGCUGAAGCUGGACGGAGUGAAGAAGGUGUGGGGAAAAGAGGGUUACCUUCCCCAGAAGGAAGCCACAGAAGAAGCUCCUCCCCCAGUGGCCUCCAGUGCCCUGACUCCCUCCUGCCAACAGGGCGGCGCUGAGCACACUCAAUUGGCUGUCUCACCUGCUGGUGAACAAGAACAGGAGAAGCGGCAGCUGGCUGCCACUCUCUUUGUGGGUCUGGGGUCCCAGAAUUCUUUGUGUCUGAUGGGGAAGCCGGACGCAGCACCCAAGCGUAUCUGGCGCCGGCAGAGGCCUGACCAGGAGGCCCUCGACUGCGGGAGCCAGCAGUCCAUUUCCUCCACGGACAAUACACUCGAUGGCCUCUUCGACGAUGCCGUCCCUGAUUCUGCUCUGCUGUAUUCACUGGAUGGACCCUCUGUUCCCCAGAGCCGCUUGGACGGUGGAGGUGAAGCGGGGGGAGGGUCUCUGAAUGCUGGCAUGCUACGGGCGCCCGCACUUAGCCCUGGCGACGUGCCCGGCUCCCUUUUGCCACCAGCGGUGUCGGCAUUGCCGCGCUCGGACAUGGAGGCGCUCUGCUCGGACGGGACCCUCUCUGUCUCCGCCUGCAAAGUCUACCAGCGAGAUGCCCUGCUUCUCGCCCUCUUCCUGUCCAAUGCCUGCGAUUUGCCCCUCGAAGAGCUGUCAUGUGACGUGACCUCGGAGGAAGUGAAGGUAACAGACGGAUACACCACGGCAGCCUCCAUCUCUGUGCUGGCCGGCCACGGUGUGGCAGUGGUGCUCCACCAACUGGUGAUGGAGCUUCCCAGCAGCCAGGCCAGAGUGGCGGUCAGAGUGUCGUACCUCCCUGGGGCUGGGGAGCCCACACAGCUGGCGGUGUCCCUAAGCCUCUCUCUGGCUGACUUCAUCAGGCCCCUGCCUGUGUCCACGGAGGAGUAUGGCAGACUCUGGCUCUCCUUCUCCAACGAUGUAAAGCAGAACCUCAGGCUGCUCGCAGGCGGCGAGGACCCACUUGCGGCCACACUAGCCGCUCUAAAGGACAAACUGCGGCUCCACGUAGUGGACAUCAUAGGUGCUGAGGGCAUCGUGGCGUGCCAGCUGGUCACAGGGCAGCCGUGUCUCCUUCACUGCCAUGCCCAUGGUGGCACACUGGCGGCCUGGCUGCGCUCGCCCCUGCCCACCCUCCCGGACUGCCUGCUCUACCACUGCCAGAAGGCCAUUGAGGAAAGCUGAAUGUGACGGCUGGCCAGAGGAGGGGGGGACAGACUGUGAGAAGGGGAUGGACUUGGGUUGUGGUGUGGAGAGUCCCUAGGAGGCGGGGCCAAUGUUGAAAUUUAGGGCUGCUGGCUAGCGGCUGCGUUUUUGCGUUAAUGUGCGUGCAUUUGUGCUUGUACGCGCGUGCAUGUAUGUACCGGUGUGUAUGCCUGAGUGUGCAUGUAUGUGCGUGCGUGUGUGCAUUUGUGUACACGCUUCAGAACAGCCUUCUCGAACGUGCUGCUCAGCAUUCACUCCUUAUGAAACCUCGAGGCCUCGUCCGCCCUGCAAUUCUCACCGCUGUAUUUAUUGUUUUUACUGUUGGUCAGUUUUUUAUGAAUGUUUUUUUUUAGGUGUUCUUGUUUUGUAGGAGUGGGACGAGGGUGAUGAAAAUGUUGUUGUAUUAAUACCUGUGACCCCAAGUCACAGAAGGAGAUGACAAUCCAGCUACCUGACCCUGUCUGCCAAAUUGUCCAACUCAGACCGCCACUCCCCCUCGUUGGACGAUCAUUAUUCCCAAACUUGGAAUAGAGCCGAUCGAUGCCCCGAUUAGCAGCAGGGGAGUGAGCGUGUGUGGGACUGUGCUAAAAGGAAUUGCGGUAAAACCCAUUAACACUAAUCUAGCUUCCUGACUACUAUAUUAAUGCCAAAGAUUAAUUAUUUUUCACGUGAGUGGUGAAUGUGCUCCUGUGAAGUCUCCCAGUAUCCAGGUUCGUAGAGCAAAUCUCCAGAAAAGAUCAAAACAGAUGCAUCAGAUCUAGUAGCGUGAGUCUGAUAUCUUCAGAAAGAGCUGGUACACUGGAGAAUACCCAAGCUCCGUCUCUGGCUGUGCCCAGCCUGCCCCCCGCAGGCUUUUGCUUCCAAGGUGGCUUCCUUCUGAAUGAAAGCUGACACUAAUUAGUCCCCCGUUAGUGCAGCCUUCCUACCUCCCAUGGUCCUCCGGUAGCUCCUGCCUUGUUCCGUUUCACUUCACCUGCUGACUGUGGGAGUAUGAGCGGCUGUGCUUGAUCCCCCUUGUUGUCUGGUUACAACAUUAAACUGGUGUCACCUACCAAGGGGGGGCGGUGGGGGGGUAGGGUUAGUGCUACAAUUUAACCUUAAAUAUACCCAGGUUUAAUGUGCUGUUAGCAGUCAAAACUCUCAACUAAGGUAUGGUGUGUGAUGUGUGGUUGCAGUAUGAGACAUACUGGUCCUACACUCAGAGAUUCUUAACGAUGUAUUUCAUUUUCGACCACAAGAGGGCAGCAGGAUUUCAUUGACUGAAUGUCAUUAUCAAAUGUAUCUGUAUCUUGCUCUGUGGUUGCAUGUCAUGUCACUUGAAACUACUGUACUGCAGUGAUGCUUCUAACUCCGUGGAGCACCGAUGUCUGGAUCUGACCAUGUACCUCCAGUCCAGGUAUCUUAAUUGAUUCUCAUUUCAUGAAAUUACCAGUUAACUAGUGGUUACUAAAGCUAGUUGAAGUGUUUCAAAUAAUAUGUUAAUAUAAUAAUAUUGACUUGUUUGAUUUUUUUUACUUAAAGAAGUUUGGUAUGAAAUGUAUGUGCGAUUAUCCAGAUGGGCAGUUCUUAGGUAAAGACUUGGGAACUGCAGUUAGUGUAAGUUUCCCGGGGGUUUCACCUCUCUUUCGUUGGCUCCUAAUUCAGUGCAUGGGGGCUGUUGUUUUGAAAUAUCAGCUUAGUUAUCACCCUGGUCACCUGUCCUCAAAUUCAGUUUUCUGUGGCCACUGAAAUCAGUUGUAUCUGCUGGGGAAAAAAAAACAUACAUGCAUGCUACUGUAGAUGGUCGCAGUGCCCCCAACACCUUCAUCCUCAUCUUAAUAAUCAUUUGCCUUUUUCACUGGUGUGUCUGUGGUCAAAGCAGAAGUUUUGGGAUGGUUGCUCAGGUUUUGUGUGGACGUCGCUGCUCCCUGUACGUUAUUUGUGUAAUAGCCUGGGUUGCGUGCACAGAUGGGAAUAAAGGUGACCGAAUGCCUUAUGUUUGACACACUCAGGUGGUGUGUUCAUUAGGGUCACUGGUACUUUGCUUCCUGUCAUAUAGCUUUGAUUAAACGUCCCUCUCACAGUUC